CUACCCUUUGUUUGCUCCCUCCUCUCCUUCCAGAAGAAAGCUUACAAUCUAAAAAAAACCCUGAAAGGUACAACAAGGGAUGUGUAUUCUUUUGGGGCAUAUGUAAGUAGCUAUUAUUUAAAAAGGGGGGGAGGGAGGAAUACAGAGGACCGUAGGAAUUUUAAAUUUCCCAGUAUUGUGGAGUGGCUGUCUGCUUAACCCACUUAACAAUAUUGGGAAAUUGAAAGCAGCUAGGUUCUGACACAAGAACAGGUCAAAUUGAGUACAAGAAUGGAUCUGUGCCAGAGAAAGAAUUUGGGGGAGAGGAGAAAAAAGAGCGGGGCAAAGCUGGAUGUGUUUGCUACUUUCAGCUGUUAGAAGGACACCCCAAAGCCAGCUGGUUCACCUGAAGCCUGAGAGAAAAGCACCAGGGAGGUAGAGCACCAGGGAGAGUGGGAAUGCAUACAGAAAAAGGGUCCCUGGUUUGGCAAGAUUGUGGCUUUUAGAAAUCCCAGGUGGAGGCAGAAUGUCUCUGUAAUUCCUAAAACAACUUCCUUUUGGGAGAAAGGAAAAGAAGAAAGAGAUGAUGACAGAUCCAGGAUAAAAAGGGACCAAAGGUGUCAACUCCCACUUGGCUCAAAAUGUGGCUUGCCAGAUUCCCAGGCACCUUGAGAAGAGAAGGGUUGGGAAGAUUCACACAAUAGUCUUCAUUGUCCUCAUAUAAGCUAUCCUUGCCGUGGCCUCUCCUGCCUGGAGAUCCACCCAUGGACUGAACAGGAAAUUGGACUGAGUUUACCUGGGAAAGGUUGAAAAGUCAAUUGUUUAUUGACUUGUUGACUUAAUUGUUUAACCUUGGCUCAAUUGUCAUGUUACUCUUUUUUAAUUAACCCAGUGGAUGCUACUGAAAUAAAGCCUCAUGUACUGGAAAAGAAUAUGGAAGAAGGGUUCUCCACCAACACAGCAACCGUUCAGGGGACUGCACAGUGGUGCCCAACGUGGAGCCUUUUCACUUCCACCAGGCACAACAGGCCCCAAAGAGGCAAGAACUGUUAAUGUUAGGCAAACAGUGGAACAACAACGGUUUCAGUCGAAGUGCUAACCCCAUGGAAAUAGCUGUAAAUCCUGCAAAGCACCAUUUAAGUUUGUGAAACAGUGGUCAGGCCAGCAAAACACAGCUCAGUUUUUUGUUGGUUAUUUAAAGUGUAAGCACUUUAAGAAAAAGACUGAACAAAAGAAAAUGACGAGAAGCCGAAUAGGGAACCCUUGCAGGUGACAUUGGCCAGCCCUGUGGGGCAGUGGUUCCUCAAACUUAUGCUUCAUAAGACAGUAAAGGAACCCAAACGUAAAACAAUGUACCAAAUUAUAAAGAACUUAAGGUCACAUUCUCUCAAAUUGGCAUAGCAUUAUCAAGUUUCUAGAAUAUUAGAAUAAGAUUGCUAUAACUUCUAAUAUUUAUUUAUAGAAAUAACAUUACACUUGCAUUCCAGUGUGAGACUCAAUAUGAGAGGGACCCACCAAUCUCCCUGGACUUUAAAAUCAAGUAUGACAACUAAGCACAGAUUUUUCUCAGAAUGUUGUGGUCAAUGAUGUCCUCCGACUGAAUAAAUAAUAGGAAAUCAAUCUACUUCAAAGCACUAAAAUCUUGUUCUCCAUUAGUAGUUCUCAGUGUUUGGCUCCCGCUGAUAACUGGCCAUGCUAAGUGUGCUUUGAAGAGGUGAAAUCCAAAAUAUUUAGAGGGUGAACAGCACAGAGGCUUGGUUCUACAUCAAGCGACCACUAUAGGCCAGUACAGAGCAGAAACUGAUUUACAUGCACAGUGUGCAGUGAACUGGCGAGAAACUUGUCAUAGUUCCAAUAAAAAAACAAAGGAAGUUCCCUAUAGUCUGUCUCUGUAUCAUUCAUUAUGAAAAUCAGUGAUACAAGAGACCCAUUCAUUUGCACACUCUUGACAAAUAGGUUGUCAUACUAAUUCCCAGUUUAUUUAAAGUGUGUGCCACAAAUCAGCUACCUCCACUUUCCAUCUCAAUUCUCUAGCUUUGGCUGGACAACUGAAAACCAUCUUUAAAGCAGGGUGUGCAAGACUCAGGCAAUCAAGAAAGAUGUCUUCUCCCCAAAUCAGUGCCCUUUUGGUAGCUCGGAUUAUCUUGUCCCUCGGAGGGAUCAUCUCCAAUAGCUUCAUAAUUGCAACGAUGAUCAAAAAAUGGGCUAAAUGCAGGAGACUUGCUUCCAAUGAUCAGCUGCUUCUGAGUCUGGGUCUGUCCAAUUUCUGUGCCUCAGCUUUAGAGAUUAUAUUCUACCUUCCUCGCUUCUGGACAGGGAUAUUGCUUCUAUUUCCACCACUCUACUUCUUUUCCUUCAUUGUGGUCAUGUCCAGAUUCUGGUUCACUGCCUGGCUGUGCAUCUUCUACUGCAUCAAGAUCAUGAGCAGCACCCACCCUCUCUUCAUCCAAUGCAAACUGAGAAUAUCGUGGUUAAUUCCUCGGCUUCUUGUGGGGUCCCUGCUCAUCUCCAUCUUCAUCUUCCCAUUUAGGAAUGUUUUUGUACAAACCCAAAUGAAUAUAACAACAAAUGCAACAAACGGCAUUAAAGAAAUGGCACCCUAUGGCUUUACUUUGCCUCUUGGGGGUAUCUUUUUUGUUGUAGCUUCUGGCUGUCCGCUUCUUGUUGUUUUACUUUGUUCCAUCCUGGUUGUUGCCUCACUCUGCAAGCAUAUCCGGCGAAUGACAGAUAAAGAGUCCUGUUUUCAGGGUUUCCAAACAGAAGGUCACGUCAAGGCAGCCAGGACAGUGCUCUCCCUUUUGUUUAUUUAUAUUUCAUUUUAUGUUGCCCAUACCUUAUCUGUGACAAUGGAUUGGGCUGAUAAUGGACACAUCUUUGUCACAAUAGCUAUGACAAUGUACUCCCCCGCUCAAGCUUUCAUUCUACUGAUGGUUAAUCCUAAACUAAAGCAGGCAGCAGCUCGAAUACUAGAAAGAACAAGGCCUUGACCUCUGAGGACAGAAUGAAUGUGAGAUUUAUUCCCAGAUUUAUCCUUGCAAUACAAGCUUUCAUUGAUACAACUGGGAACUUUCCGACAAUUGGGAAUAUCAGUCUUGAGAAGAAGUUAGUUCUAACUGGAGAAAUUAUAAUGAUCAAUAAUGAAGAAGAACGGAUGAAAGUAAAUUGAAAAGUGCUAUGAAAAAAGGAGUUACAAUUGGUGUGUAUGGUUCAUGAAAGACAAAGGGAAAGAGAGAUCUGAGAAAAAUAAUAACCAAUAUAUAGACAGGCCAAAGUUUUGGAAGGUGAAGCUCAAAGAGAAUAAGUGGUUAGGGCUAUUUAAAGCAUGCUGGAUUAGCUGAAAGGCAACCCCCCCCAAAAAAAACCCAACACCACCAACUCUGACAUUGAGCUCUAAAAAUUGAAGUUGGAGGAGUUAAGUGUGCGAGUAGAAAUGGGAAGAGAUAAUGAGGAUAUAGGAAGCCCUUGACAUUCAUACAAAGAAACUGUCCAGAUUUCAAAAAAGGGAUAAAAUCAAAGCCCUUAACAUCAGUUUUGAAAAGGUUUGCCUUCCUUUCGGAAUCCCCAGUGACUCGUAGAAUAUGGUUCACCUCUUCUUUCUGAUCUGUGGAUAUUUAAACAGUGACUAUGAAGACUGAUCAGUGCUCUGUAGGUUUUGGAUUAGGAACUCUUUAAGGAGAGAGUCGGAGAGAGUUUAGCUUGACCAUUGAAUGAAAUUUGAAAGACUUGAGUGAAAUCAGGAAAAAGCCUGGAUACUGUACUCAAAAAGAAUUGUCAGCUGGGCUGCCUAUUAUCUAGACAGUUACAAGAUUUUGGUGGGAAAACCCAUCCAGAUGUAAUCAAUUACAAUACAGCUGAAGCAGUUUUAUUAGACCAUCCUGAAAGAACAAGGAUGGGCGGUGGUCAAAAUUCCCUCUAAUUUUCCGCUAGUGCUAGAUUGGGUGGGGGGGAGCUGCCCCACUCACACAAAGGUUUGACUGACCAGAAGGAAAUGAGUGGAAACGCUGGCUCGGCUGCACAGCCUCAUGGUUUAGAGGGAACAUUGGUGGUGAAGGGUAAAAUGUCUGAAACUGUAGCAUGCAUUGCCAGAUCAUGGGCGGCAAAGCUACGGGCAUGAAUGGAAUAAUUUUUGCCUUAAGUUUUGAUAGUGGAUGUUUUUGGUAACCUGAGCUAAGAAUUUGAUCUUCCUGAAAAUAAGUAGUUUAAACCAACCCUGAUUUUUAGCAAGAAUUUUGAGGAAAACAAAUGCUGUUUCUGGCACAAGAAAGUACAUACUAAAUGAAUUUCUAGAGCUCAAUUUCAUUGUUGUUUUUCUUUUGCCUUUCAGCAAAGGACUGCUGCAUAGCUCAACAGUUAAGUUUAGGAGUCAAAAUUGGGAGUUCAAUUCCCCACUGAGCCUCCUUGACUGGGACUGGACUUGAUAAUUCAUAGGGUCACUUCUAAUUCUGCAACUCUAAGAUGAUGAUUAAAUUGUCCUGUGUGGAAUAAAAAAAAAACUGCCUGACAGUAGAAGGGCAGAGGUAGGGGUAGCAGUUUUUUUGACAUUAAAGGCUCCCCCCCACAAGUCCCAAGUCUCCCAAAGUUUCCCCUAGGUUGAAAGAAAUACGUAGGGAGCCUUGGAACCUGGGAGGUGGGGUAGAGGAAACAUUUAAUUAAAUAUAAAAGUCACCACAUGUGAUAUCUCAAGUGUGCAAAGAUCAGCUAGGAAGAUUCUGGCCACUGGCUAGUCACAUAAAAAUGUUUGUUUCUUGCAAAACCAUUGGCUCAGACAGUGACUGCAUGUUUUGCCUUAUAUCUCAGGUCCUGUAAGGGUUAGGGACUUAGCUUAGAAAAAUAAGGAUUGCAAUCAGGUCUAUCUGAUGGGCUGAAGAGACAACCAGGUGGCAUGUUUAUUAUCUAGGUAAAGCUCAAUCAACCGCACAGAACGGCAACCCUAGUCUGGUGCUCACAGAGUACUGUAAUUAGACCUGAACUGGUUAAAGCAAGACAAUAUCUAAAAGGCCAGUGCUGUACUAAUAAAGGCUGGGGUUCCUGUGGCAGAAAUUGACAUCAUGCGUGAACGGUGGUCUGAAAAGUGGAAAGUAACAGUUUGGUAUGAUAUACCAGCUAAAACAUUGUUGGGGGACAACUUUUCUUAACACAUGGAAAAAUAGAUACGCUGGCUGACUGUGAGAAACAGGCCCAGAGUGAUUCCAUGACAACCGAGUCCUCUGUGCAGUCGUAGGCAGGAACUGUAGCCUCAUCAGCAGGCAGCAAGCUAGAAAAAAUUUGUUUUAUUGUUGUCCCAAAGAGUCACAUGGCUCUGUUGGCCUGGCUUGGUACGAAAUACCACUGUUUUGAUAAAAAUUGCCAUCUCAGCCAGACAGUAACAGAUACUAUCGCUGCACUGGAGUGCAACAAAUGAUAUUGGACAGCAGAGCAAAUCAUCAUUCUACAAGGCUAUUCUAAAAAUUGGGGCUUCCCAAACAAAAAAUUACGACAUUGAAACUGGACUUUGGAUAAGCACCACAUUUGGCAGUUACCCAUUCAAUUCUUACAUGGGGUGCUGUUUGCAGCCUGAUAAAUCAAAGAAGGGAGGAAAGACAGCAGCUAUCUCCUUGGUUUUCUUUCCAGGUGACUCUAUGCCUGGGACAUUAAACCAGGAGAGUAUGGGAUGACAAUCAGAGCUGUCUAAUGGGCAACGGGCAGGGCCUUGCCUGAUGGACAAGAGUGCAGCAGUCUUCACUCUGGUCCACCUGGCAAAGAUAGCUUGAGUGCUGUAGCAAUUCUCUGGUGGUCUUCUCUGUGGCUUCACCCACCUGUCAAUAAUUAAAAAAAAAAAGACUUUAGGGGUGCAGAGGUGCUGCCAUAAAAAGGAAAACUGCUUUUAAAAGGUGCUUCAGAGGUGCACUAAAAGUGAAAACACAGUUUAAAAACUACAGCUUUACAUUACAGUACAGUACAGUUUGUUUUGGUACAAAGCUACUGAUAAGACAGCAAGACAUGAGUAACUUAUUCAUCAUGUUUGCCAGAUUCAGCGAGAAAUGAUAAACAAAGGAACAAUGGUAUAAUAUGAACAAAUAACAAGAGAAAAAAAUGAAGAGCAUUUUAAAAUGCCACAGGUUGUGAUUUACCUAUCAUGUUAAUUAACAAAGAAAUACUGCAAAAUAUAUGUGGACACUUGUGUUAGACAAAGGAGAGUAAACAUAUAUUGCACAAUGAAAGCUUUUACAUAAUGUUAUAUAAAAGGAUAAAAAUCUGCAUGUUAUUUUAGGCGGUUUGUUUAUUUAUCAGCAAGUGGAGAAGAGAAAGAAGGGUGUAAUUUGUUUCAUGAGGCUUUAGCCAUGAAUCUGUAAGAAGCAAUUUUUAUGAGAAAGGGUAAGAAUUGAUGUUAUCUUAUACAGUAGUACCAUCUAAUAGUAAAAUAAAUAGCAAGAAGCCACUACCCCAGUGGAUCACUAUAUAUGCUCUCCACUAGGGUAACAAUUCGCUACAUAUGCCAUUGGUAGGGUUGUUGUUUAGUCGUGUCCGACCGAUAAGCUAUCCCGCUAGAGUGCUAUACCAAUGAUGUGCUAGCUUUGGCAAUAAGCUGGGUUAGUUUGGUUUUUGCUAAAUUAUAAAUAUAGGAUGAAAAUACAUAAAGUGUCAUGGGACACAAUGGGAGACACAUGCCUUGUUUUCAAUGAAUUAAGAGACAUUAUAUUCAGGAAGGAAAAGGAAACGUGUGAGAGAGAAGGGAACUGACGCCAGGGGAAGAUACUUAGAGCAGCAGAAAGAUAACAGUGUGGUACUGACAGUCAGCAAUGGAAUUUAUAUAAGACUGAGUGAGAAAAACAUUUUUCUGUAUGUGUUAAUGACAUGCUUAGAGACUUAGAAAUAUUUUUCAUAUUAUAUUUUCUUCGUAUAACUCUGAUAUUUGUAUUUGUAUU